GCAAUGAUGUUUUUCUCUCUUUCCCACACCAAGAACGGCAUAACAUCAUCAACUUUGCAAAACCAAUUUCACCAUUUAGCAGUGUUUGUUGGUUGAGUGACUCAAAUUUACCAGGAAUUACCUUCAAAAUCAAUAAAUUAGUGAAAUUUAUCGGUGGUGAAGAUGGCAGAAAUACCGUACCAAAACAUGGAAGGUACCAGUCAGGCAGCGAAAACUUUAACCACACAUCUGGACCCAGAAAGCCAGGUUGAAAUUCGUGGCAUGACUUUCUCAGAAGAAUCGAUUAGGAAGGGCUUCAUAAGAAAAGUGUACCUAAUCUUAACUGUUCAACUCGCAAUAACUAUGGCUUUUAUCGCUUUAUUUGUAUACAACGAUUCGGCAAAACUUUGGACCAUCAAUAAUCCAUGGAUUGCAGUGACAUCCUUCGUCGUGAUGUUUGGGGUUCUAAUCAUAAUGGCUUGCUGCGGUGAAAUCCGACGGAAAACACCGCAUAACUUUAUUUUCUUGGCUAUUUUCACCGUAGCGCAAGGGCUGAUGCUCGGAAUCUUCACAAUUCGCUAUGAUGCUCAAGAGGUGUUUACUGCCGUGGGCAUCACUUGUGCCAUAUGCUUUGGAUUGACCUUAUUCUCGCUGCAAACCAAAUGGGAUUUCACGAUGAUGGGCGGUUUCUUGUUUGUUGCUCUUCUGCUAGUGUUUUUGUUUGGCAUUAUCGUGGCAUUCUUCCCCGGAAGUGUGGCAAGUUCCGUCUACUCCGCUUGUGGUGCAUUACUGUUCUCAUUUUACCUAGUUUAUGACACUCAAAUGAUGAUGGGCGGCAAUCACAAGUAUUCCAUUAGCCCGGAGGAAUACAUAUUCGCUGCACUCAAUCUCUAUCUGGAUAUUAUCAAUAUUUUCCUAUUUAUCUUGCGGAGAUAAAUCUAUGAUUUGGUAUCUCUUUUGCUUAAACGAAACAUUAAUGUAAUAAUGUGCUGUUUAAGGACCAUCAUUUCAAGGCAUUUUAGCAAUAUUUGUUUUUAAAUUCAAACUCCUAACCAGGGCCGGAUUUAGACGGUGGGGGGCCCGGGGCAAAUUUGUUUGUGAGGGCCCUAUUUUUUUUAAAAACAUUUAGGAUAACGUUCUGGGAAGGUGACGUGCAAAAAAAAAACGUCGGUCCAGGACUAGGGGGGCCCCUCGAAUCGGGAGCCCGGGGCAUCUGCCCCCUUUGCCAACCCUCAAAUCCGGGCCUGCUCCUAACUAAAAUCUGAAAUACAAUUUAUUCAGCAAAAGUGUAUCAACAGA